AUGGCUCAUGAUUAUUAUUAUAAAGAUAAAUUUCGUUUAAAUGCAAAACCCAAGACUAGUAAAUUAAUCUUGACAGAAAAACAACGUAAUCAAUUAAAUUAUUUAUUCACCAUAUCGGAUUCUCCUGGCAACGAAAUUUUUACCACGGAAAUUUGGAAUGAGUCUGCUGAAGAUCAAAAGAAUGCAAAGGAAUUUAUAAUUUUUCAAGCAAUUCCCGUUGAUUUGGUUGAUCCAACAAAUUCUGCGAAUAGAGAUCCAGCAAACAGAUGGAAGAUACGUUGGAGUGAUAAAAAAAAUGGAGCUACCCUUUAUCAAUGUAGUUGUGGUUCCGAUAUGCAAGCUGCUAGUAAGACUCCUGUACAAAAACAGAGGCCCGUCAGACAAUUAUAUGAAUUUAAUGGUUGCUUGGCCUUUGUGAGAUUGGAAAUCGAUGUUGAUAAAAAAGUUUUUAAAAGGGUUCAUGGUUAUUUGGUUCAUUCGGAAGCAUGUCAUCGUGCUUUGCCAAAGAAAAAUGCUCCGAAAAUUUCGAUCAAUUGUGAUAUUAGAGAUAUGACCGAAUUAUUAAUUAGAACAAAUGCUUCAACCAAUGAUAUAUUGUCGCUUAAUCAACAACUUGUGAUUUAUCAAUUGGGUGGAAGAUUAAUAUUAAGAAAUGAUUUAAAAGGUAAAGAUGAACAUUUCGUAAUAACAGCAUUUGACGUCAAAGAUGCUAGGCGUUGGAUUAAAAGUAAUCAUCAACCUCAAUGGGAUUUUGAUGCUGAUCGUUCCGUUGAGCAUAAUUUACGAGAAUUAUUCGGUCCAAACUCCUCGGACAUGGAUUUAAGAGACGCCACUAUACAUUAUAAACCAAGGGAUAAUCGUUACGAUUAUACACUUUUGAUAUUGGCGACGGAAGAACAACGUUUGCAGGCAUGGAAGUAUGGUCAUCAAAAAUAUAUCGUAUUAGAUGGAACUUUCCAGACCGGAAGCAGAAAAUUACAGAUGUAUGUCAUCAUGGUUAUUGAUGAAUACAAAAGAGGAGUGCCAAUCGGUUAUCUUUUAUUCUCAAGGCCUUGUCACACGGAUUUAAUGGUAGUCUCUAAUCACGAAUAUGGAAUACUGAGACAUCUAUUGGAAACGUAUAAAAAUGUCUUGAGUCAAGAAGCUGGUGAAUCAUUCGCUCCCAAGGUUGCUAUAAUUGAUUUUGGUUUUAAAGAACGACUUGCGUGUUCCGAAGUUUGGCCCUAUAUUCAUCUUGUGUUUUCACCUUCUCAAGUGCAUCAGUGUUGGACAAAUAAAAUAGAUCAGUUAUUGGUUAACGUUGGGGAUCAUGAACUUACAAGAAAUCGCACAGAGAUGAAGAAAUUUCUAAACGAUAUGAUAGCUGA